UCUUCAAUCACAUCCAAAUGCCUAAAUCAAAACCAAAAUCAACAACAAUCACACCAAAACCAAUCAAAUCCCGCCCAUUUCAGUUCAUGGCUACCUCCGCCACUGAAAAAACCCUUACCGGCGUCGGUAACUUAAUCCGUCUCCUCCCCACCGGCACCGUCUUCCUCUUCCAAUUCCUCAGCCCAAUCCUCACCAACAGCGGCCACUGCGAACCAAUCAACAAAUCCCUCUCUAUUAUCCUCAUCAUUCUCUGCGGUCUCUCCUGUUUCCUCUCUUCCUUCACCGACUCCUACACCGGCGACGACGGUGCUCUCCACUGGGGAUUCGCUACGCCCUCUGGAAUGUGGCCAGCGCCGGAAUCGAAGACGGUGGAUCUUUCACCUUACAAGCUUAGGGCAGGGGAUUUCGUACACGCUACUUUUUCCGCCCUGGUUUUUGGGGCUUUGGUGGUUCUUGACUCCGAUACUAUGGAGUGCUUCUUCCCGAGCUUUGCUGCGGCGGAUAAGUUGUUGGUUCAGGUUCUUCCGCCGGUCGUCGGAGCGGUUUCGAGCGUGGUGUUUGUGAUGUUUCCUAAUACUCGCCAUGGCAUUGGGUAUUAUGAUUCCUCUAAAGGAACUUCCGGCGCGGCGGUUCAACGAAAGGCCUGAGGGGGGGGGGGGGGGGGGGGGGCUGAGGUUAAAUAUGUAAUUUUACAGAAUUGAUUUAAUAUAGGAUUUUAAUUGGGUGAUUGAAUUUCCACAUAAAAUUAAUUAUACUCUUUAAAGUGUAAUUUAAAAUUUCAAUUUUAAAAGAAAAGAGAGAAAUAAAGAUUUCUUCCAUCCAUACUAAGUAUGGUAAUAA